GCAGUCGUUCUUUCCCACGCCGUACCUCCAUCGACGCAAGAGGCGAAAGACGAAGAAGCGCUGCAUUGCACUCGCAAGCCUUGCUAUACUCCUAUACACAUUCCGCCCGUCUACGUAUGGUUUUGUUGUUGUUGUUGUUGCUUCUGCGCAAUCAAGAACUCCUCUUUUGUUUUUAAAUCUAUCACACUCCUGCGUCAAAACACAUGCCGCUAAACUGUGACGAUGCUCUCUGAAGAAACACAUCGAGAGAUAGAGAGUCACUUAGACACACAUACCCACACAGCACUGUGUACUUGAGCUUGAUCUUUGCUCCUUAUUUAUUUCAGCUGGGCUACUUCCUUCCCCACUCUUUUUCCCUCUUGCCAUCAACCGCACGCCGCUAUUUUAUUAUUCUAGUUUUUUGCUGCCACCGGUAGUCAUCGCCGAAGUUCAUUGCAUUGUUUCCUCUUCCCUUCCUUUUUCUUCCUGAUAUUCCGGAUCCCCCGCCUUCCGGCUUUACCGAGAGGGUUUUUCCUUCUACGUUUCUCCGUCUCUCCCGCUGCGUGGGUCGCUGUUUGCGUGGACCACGCCAGGCUUUUUCUCACCGGCGUCGCAGCAGGUUCUGACGUUCCUUUUCGCCGCAGCGCCCCCGGCAAACAACUAUAUUAAAAGCAGUCGGAAAGAGGGAGGGGGAGGGAGUACCUAUAUCUACACAAUCUUCCACAUGGACCACUCGGCUGCGCAGUCGACGCCGCUCGCGUCUUCCUCGUCGUCCUCCGUCUGUCUCGGCGGCAGCAACGGCGACGGCGACGGCGUCAGCGAUGAAGAUGGACGACACGAUCAGCAGCGUCAAAAACACGACGUCGGGAGCGGUCAGAGCGGAGUUCUGUCGCGGCUGCAAGAUGGUAUUACGCCCCCGCGUAUUGAUCCACAGCAGGACGAUCGUAGAAGAAGUACCGACAGUCGACAUUCGAUUCCUCCUGCAGGCUCUCACCAUCGUGCGAGGUGUUCUUCGUGGUAUUCGGCGGCAGAUACCAGUUGUGGAAGCGACACUCACGGCGGUGCCCCUCCGAGAGGGCCGUCCUCGCCGACCCAACAGGGCAGACCAACCGCCAUUCCACCCAACACACGACGAGCCUCAGAUGUCAUCUCCACCCUCCGCUCACGUACGGAGGGAGAUGUAGCGCAUGACUUCGGCUCGGCAGUCCUGCCUCUCACAAGAGUGCAGCCGUCUACGUUGACAGUGGGAAAGUCAGAGGUGGCGACGGAUCCCGCGCACGUUGUCGCCGUCGACGAUGACACGACACGUGCCUUUUUGGUGGCAGCCGUUUCAGGCGGGCACGCAACUUCCUCUUCGCAGUCGCCAUCGCCGUCGGUCGCGUUGCAAACACCGUCGUCGACCUCGCUGCGAAGUCCGACUCCCCUCGAUCUGACCGCGCCGCCGAAGCGGUGGUUUCCGCAUCGUCGGAGCUAUCCGGCAGACCGGCGUAGUGAGGAUCUACCUUCUGCUGCUACAACGACGACGACGACGAGUUGUGGCGGUGUGGGCGAUGACGGUGGUGGUGCGGGCCGCAGUAGAGAGCCAAAUAGUUUUCCCUCAGCCGUGUGCAACGACGCACGGCAUCCGCGGCAAUAUGGACGAGCGGCUUCGUCAGUGCCAUCGUGUGGGCCGCUACACACAGCAGAGGGCAGCGUUCACAACAGCGACCUUCACCGAGACGGCAGCGCAGAGGACGGGCUGCCAAAUACGCGUCGAUUGAGCUUCAACAACAGCAGCAGCGGGACCGCGGCAGCCGCAGCAGCAGUGGGGGAGGAACGCUGUCGCAGCAACACUGAUAAAGACCCCGAACAGGGGGAGAGAAAGUUUGAUGCGGAGGCAGACAGUGCGAAGGAGUCCGCGGUGACGUCUGUCGCUGCUGAUGAUGUUGUGGAGUUAACGAACACGCCUCCUUUUCCACCAGCGGCUACUUUGCCUGCGCCGAAUCGGAGUCAUGGCGCGUCACUUCAACCUCCCUCUCCUUCAUCUCCUCUCUCCGCCCCCUCGCAAGUAAACGAAAGGGCUGAGCAGCGUCCUGCAUCGCCCGUCGUGGGCGCUGCCGCAAGUACCAGGACUGCCACGCCGUGUUCGUCGUCGAGCCCUACACCGGAGCACACACCUGGGAGGGCGUUGUGGCUCGCCCGCCACGACGGAGACGACGCCUGCCGCUCCCCCUCCCCGCGCGUGGAGGCUGCGGGUAAGAGUUUCAUGACGCAGGACGAGUACAGAGUGCCCGUCACACCCAGACAAUCCAAUGUGAUUGCAAGUGCAAGGAAGAAGAUGGAACAGGGGAACAUCUCUCCUGGACAAUCACAACAGCAGCUGCAGCAAUACGCUCCGCAACCGACGACCCCGUCGCUUUCGCAUGAUCCGCUGGGUUCUUUCAACUCCUCCUUCGAAGGUGAUGUGCCGGAAGAGGACUCAGGGGGCGGCGCCGCCAGCGCGGUUCCACGAUUCCUCGCUCCCCUCUGCAGCGCCGAGCACAACAGGACGCGCCCGUCACCGCCGCCGCUCGCCUUCACGCCGGUGGCGACGCCCGCGAUGGAGGGCGUCUGCGUGCCACAGGUUGUACCCACGCACGAGAGCGUCUUCUUCCCGCUGGGCACGGAGGUGAUCGCGCCGGUGAUGCUGCACUACGUCACCGUGGGGGGCUGGAGCAGCCGUGCCGGCGGGCGUGACUACUUCAACCACCGCCGACUGCGGGGCGGCGAGGUGGCGGGACACACCGUGCGUUGGUUGCACACCGCCCAGCCGCGCGAUCGAUUUGUGUUCCUCGUCACGCCGGUCGUGGCGCGGACGGCGGAAGAGGAAGACGAGGAGAAGGAAGAGGCGCGACGCACGUGGGCGCUGCCGCGAGGAGCGUGGAAGAGUCUGCGUCGGAUGCUCUUUGGUGAGGCACCGUGGUUUACGGCGGACAAGACGGCGUGCGGCGCGCGCAGCCGCAUCGCCUACGAUGACGCACCCCACUCCCCCUCCUCCCCCGACAAGGACAUCGCAAUAGACGAAGCGGUGAGUACUCCGAGUGGCGUGUAUGCGUCGACGCCCCAUUCGUUUCUGAUGGCGAGCUCAGUGGGUGGGGCACACUACCACGAUCGCUUCUACACGAACGACGGAGGGGAUGGCGCCUCCCCACCCCCGCUGCACUACCGUACAUCGCACAGCGUUGACGCCGCGUAUGGGGACAGCAACAGCAGCAGCAGCAAUUACAUCCGCGAGGGCGAAGCGCAGUGCAACCGCACAGUGCUUCCAUCUGGCAGCAUGUCACCGAUGCUCGUCACGCGUCAGUCUUCGCAGGGAGGCGUCUCCGCCCACGCCACCCCAGCUAGAGACCCAGCGCAGGCCGACGGGGCCACGCUGCGUCCGUCGCCGCUGUCGCUCGGCCACACCUUUCCCCCUAGCGCUGCUGUGGCCUCAACUACCGCACCGCAGGGACCGCACCUGCGACCCACCGGCACCAGUUCCCAGAAAGCCCAUCCACACGGCCACGCCCCACCGUCGCCCGUCAACGGCCCUCUCUUCCCCCUCUACGCGUCGGCAUCCUACAGUGGUGGAAGAGGAAGGGGGGGUGCAGAGACGAACAGCUACACCGAUGGCAGCCGUCACGGUCAGCUGCGACACAGUGCCACGACGAGCGACUUCCACCGCGGUGCCAGCGGUAGCACCAGCAGCGGCCGUCGCUUCAUCUUCUCACCUUUAACGGGCACGGCGGUGUCGACCAGUGGCGUCUCGCCCGUUACCCCGCAAAACUCAAAAUACCGCACUUUACUACAGCAGCAGCAGCAGCAGCAGCAGGAGCGGGCAAGAACCCCGCUCAACAGAUCACCUUCCGAGUCUACUCUUCCAGAUAAGGCCGCCCCUGCGGCGACGGUGGGUGUCGAGGUCAUUGAGAUCGUCCACACGGACAUAACAGCAAUGGACUACGCCCCCCGCCUCGCCUCCCAUCGUCUGUCGAUGGAGGCAAGAGAGAUCUACACCUACUUCUUUCCGACUCUCGUGGAGGCGCUGGCGCACUACCAGUGCCCCGAGGCGAUGACGCUGAUGGAGGAGCAGUGGGCUGCCGGCAUGACGAGUCAAAUCCCCCGGCCACAAGACGACGCUGUUCUUGCGCGGCAGCGGCACCGACAGCUGCAGCAGCGGCGGCUGCAGCAGCAGCAGGCGUCGCAAGAGCACCGCAACAGCAGCAGCAGCAUCGUGCCCACGCCAUCCCUCACCAGGCACCCUUCCCUGGCUGCGGCGCACGGUGACGGCGAUGUCGUGCUCCCUCUUGUGUCGUCGUCGGGCAAUGUGUCAUCAGCCGCCCGGUCCUACGAGUGGGCAUCACCACCGCAGCACGCGUCGCAGCGGUGUGCGCCGCUACGAAGGACGCCCCUCUCUUCCCCACCGCAGACUCUCGCGAGUGCAUUGCGCAAUGCGGGUCGAAGCGACGGCGGUGGAGGUGGUGGUGGAGAGCGGCCAGCCACAGCGCCGAUGCAACUAUUCCAACCGGACUCGCUUCCUUCGUUCGACGUAGAAACAGAGGAGGUCCGUGGUGCCGGUGAUGGGGGUGGAGGCAGUCGUCGUUGCCAUCGUCCUCGUGACAGCGAUGCGGUUAGGCCCUCCAGUUUGCCUGCUUGUGCAACGCUAACCUCAACCGCAGCGGGCACACGCCCAGGAUCCUGCUCCCCUCCCCCUCGCAGUCGUGGUGCACCGGCGCUGUCGAACUGUGUUGCCACUGAGGCUCCCAUGAGCACCUCCGCGACGACGCUGCCGCCCACCCCACUCUCUGGCGCCACCCACGCCUUACACGAUGCCUGCUCCUCCGUGACGCCGAAGCUGACCUCCACCCACCGCGAAAUCGUCGUUAGCAUCUACACCACCGACCCCGUCUUUAACAGCGUCCUGCGCGAGGUGCUGAUGCCGGAGCCCGGCACGCACCCCUACACCACAACCGUGGCGGAGCAAAAACGGCUGCUGAGCAUGGUCGAGGUCGGCAUGCCAGCCUGGGCCAUCUUCUACAGCUCCACCGGCCUUCCCUACCGUCGGCUCUUUCGCCUGCUCUACUCGGGCCUGACCAACCUGUGGCCACUGCUGUCGCUGGCGGUGGGCGUGUACGACCUGUACAAGCACCUCCCCCAGCUGAAGCGGUUUAUGGCGCGGACCUUGGACCCUCUCACCCGGUGGCUAGAGCGCCGCUUCACCCUUCGCCUCUCCGUCCUGGUCACCUACCUCUUCUCUGUCGUGGUGACCAUCUUUAGCAGCCUGAGCGCCUUUGUGUCGCAGUUCUACGUUGUGCAGCUCCUCUCCUUGCCCAUCGUGCAGCUGGUCUUCGCCCUCAUCAAGUUGCCCUUUGUGCUGGCCUUUGACACCCUCUGGCUCUUCACCAGCACGGCGUUUGGCACCAUCAGUCUUGUGCUGCAAUUGAUACGCGUCGUUGUCAUGGCGCCGCUUGUGUUCGUGACGAACCUCGCCUCUCUGCGGGAGACGGUGGGCGUGGUGGCGCCGGUGGCCGUGCAGGGGACGUCGCUUUCGGUGAGGUGGUGGAAGGCAUGGUCGGAGUUUUGGGAGACGGUCGCGUCGCCCAUGAAGAACGCGGUGCAGGCGUGGUGGGACUCGAUGAUCCACGUCAGCACCUCCGCCGCGCGGCGCGAGACGUCGAUACGGCGGUGGUACACCCCGAAGUUGGAGCAGUGCUCGGCCGUGCUGGGUGAGGUGCAGGACACCGUGGCCAUCAACACCCAGCUGUGGUGGACUGACAUGGUCCUCCCUGGACUACGCCGCCUUGUUGUGCUGGGGGUAGCCCUUGUCUACCUGUACUGGCUGUUCCUUGGCAUUUCGGAUAAGGUGUGGGAUGACUUUAUUUAUGCCUCGGGUGUUCGCCACCCGUCGCGCGGCGGCGGCUCCUCCGUCGAAGUUGGACAUCAACCGCCCGUGACGACGCAGCAGCGGGGCGGUGCGGGCAGCGGCGCGGCAACGGACGAUGAAGUCACGCCCUCUGCGGUGUCGAUGUACGUACUCUUUCAGAGCCCCUUUGACCUCCUCUGUGCUGCGAGAACGCGCAUUAUCACGUCCAUCACCUCCGCCACCAUCACCGCUUCGUCCAUCGGCGACGGCGACUGCGCAACGGCGGCCACGCACGCGGUGUUCUACACGCCAACGUCUGUGAUUCACAUGUGCGAUAGCACCGGCACCUCGACCAUCACCACGACCACCGCUCGGACCGCCGCUGCCGUGCCCGGGGCAUCGCCCUCGACGACCCUGACCACCACCACCACCACCGUCAUCACCACCGUCGUCCCACUGCCGCAGGCGUCGCUGACGUCUCUCGCGGCGGAGCUGCUGCUGCCGAACGUGGUGUUGGAGCUGCUGCACCGCCUGAGUCACUUUGCAUACAAUGGGUGGGGUGCGGCGGCGGACUUGGCGGGGGCACGACGAGGUCAUCUGUUCAGCGCACAGCACCACCCCCGCGUGAAUAGCUCCGCCUUCGACAACCACGGCGACUUGCCGGACUGGGCGUGCACGGACCAGGAGGGCGGCUGUCAGGGGGGCGGUGGGACACACGUUUCUUGUUCUCACAGUUUAGGUGAAGCGGUGGACUCAGCCUCGGUGCUGUCUGCCGCCGAGGCCGGACGGAGGCAGUACAGGAUGCGGAGGUACGCGGAGGAACAUCUGGCGCUUGUCACGGUGGAUGUGCGGAAGUUGGGCGGCUUCCCAGUGAUGCAGCCGACGUGGGCGGAGGUUACCUACCUGCGGCGCGGAGACACGAGAGGGCAGGAAACACCACGUGAGCUGUCCGUGGUGCACCAAGACGACCGUGUGUGA